AUGGGCGCAAGGGUUGAGGCUGAACAAUUUGGAAAAGACGUAAUAGUACUUAAGAAUAUGGUGAAAGACUUACACCCAGACCCCAAAACUCAACCAAAGGUUCUAGGUCCUAGUGGCUUUUAUGACGAGAAAUGGUUUAAUGUCUUCCUAGAAGUUUCGGUACAAGGAGUUGUUGACGGAGUUACGUACCACAUCUACAAUCUUGGACCUGGAUUUGAAAAUGAAGGUUCUAAUAAAUGCAAUAAAAGGUUGAAUGCUCUUCUGGGAAGAAACGAGUCACAAAGCGAAAAGGGUCUUUGGGCUGGCGACUGGAAUUCACAAAAUGCAAGGGAUUUCAUGAAGUAUACUAUUUCCAAGGGAUACAAAGUUGAUUCUUACGAAUUUGGAAAUCAACUCUCCGGAGCUGGGAUGGGCGCAAGGUUUGAGGCUGAACAAUAUGUAAAAGACAUAAUAGUACUUAAGAAUAUGGUGAAAGACUUACACUUAGACCCCAAAACUCAACCAAAGGUUCUAGGUCCUAGUGGCUUUGAUGAUGAGAAAUGGUUUAAUGUCUUCCUAGAAGUUUCGGGACAAGGAGUUGUUGAUGGAGUUACGCACCACAUCUACAAUCUUGGACCUGGUGAUGGUCUAAACUUGAUUACCAAGAUUCAAGAUCCUUCGUACUUGAAUCAAGUUGCCCAAACCUAUAGAGGUGUUUUAAUAUUGUCAACAAGUUUAAACCGCAAUGAGCUUGGGUUUCAAUCUGUGGAGCUCUUCAGUAUGGUGCUAAAGAUGUGUCUCCAACCUUUGCUGAUGGAUUUUGUUUUUGUGAAAAUGGAUUUGAAAUGCAUAUUCGGCCUAGUAAUAAUUGUUUCUGAUAUCGCUUUUUUUACGCUAAAUGUGAACGUGGUGAUUCAAGGAUCAACACCAAUUGCUGAAACAGAUGAUAACUUCAUAUGUGCUACACUGGAUUGGUGGCCUACUGAAAAAUGCAACUAUAAUCAAUGCCCUUGGGGAAAGCGCUUUAUUUGGGUUCUCUCGGGGUGCCUUCCCAUGGAAAGAUGGGACAAACCGAAUAACUUUUUCAAUCAAACGGGUGGAGUAAAGGUUACAUUCGGGUUGAAUGCUCUUCUGGGAAGAAACGAGUCACAAAGCGAAAAGGGUCUUUGGGCUGGCGACUGGAAUUCACAAAAUGCAAGGGAUUUCAUGAAGUAUACUAUUUCCAGGGGAUACAAAGUUGAUUCUUACGAAUUUGGAAAUCAACUCUCCGAAGCUGGGAUGGGCGCAAGGGUUGAGGCUGAACAAUAUGGAAAAGAUGUAAUAGUACUUGAGAAUAUGGUGAAAGACUUACACCCAGACCCCAAAACUCAACCAAAGGUUCUAGGUCCUAGUGGCUUUUAUGACGAGAAAUGGUUUAAUGUCUUCCUAGAAGUUUCGGGACAAGGAGUUGUUGACGGAGUUACGCACCACAUCUACAAUCUUGGACCUGGUGAUGGUAUAAACUUGAUUACCAAGAUUCAAGAUCCUUCGUACUUGAAUCAAGUUGCCCAAACCUAUAGAGGUGUUUUUAAUAUUGUCAACAAGUAUUUUGAUCAAUUAGGAAUGGCUUCAACCUACAAUCACAAGGUUUUCUGCAGGCAAACUCUCAUCGGUGGAAAUUAUGCUUUACUUAACACUACAACAUUUAUUCCCAAUCCCGAUUACUACGGUGCGCUUCUAUGGCACCGACUUAUGGGAAGUAUUGUACUUGCAGUAACUCAAGUGUCUAACCCGAAUUUGCGUGUAUAUGCUCAUUGUGCGAAGAAAAAGCCUGGGGUUUCUAUCAUUUUUAUCAACUUGUCGAAAGAUAGCUCGUUCGAUGUAACCCUUUCAAGUUACGAACAUCAUCGUCGUAAUUUGAGAUCCACGGAUGUUGCGAAGCCCAAUUUUGAAUUUACGAGUCACCUGAAUAGGGAAGAGUAUCAUCUGACAGCAUUAGGUGGAGAUAUACAAGGUCAAAUCGUGUUGCUGAAUGACGUUCCAAUGGUUCCGACAGAUACAUUCGACAUUCCGGCGAUGGAUCCAAAGCUUGUCAAUGCUUCCACACCCAUCUCGGUUGCAGCUCAUUCCAUAGUCUACGUAACCAUCAGAGACUUUCAUGCCCCUGUCUGUGUUUAA